GGAACCCGAGUCUGCUCAUAUUUUACCAAUAUACCACCUGAAGAUUGGAAUAUUUCCGCAUCGUCAACAAGAAAAAGACUUCACUGGCUCGUUCCAAAAGGAAGCUUUUACACUAAGGAAAUCUCUCGAUUAUCUUAUAAAAGACGGCAUACCUGAAGCCAAGUAUUACGCUACUCUUUUGGAUAAAAAAUUUAAGGCAAGUAUUACUCGUUGCCGAGAAGAGAAGUCUACGCGUCGUCUCUUUGAUGAUCUACGUGUUCGUCAUAGAACUUUUAUGGAGGGUCAUCGUAAAAGUGAUAUGGAUUCAAAGUUAUUCUGGGAUAGAAUUGAAUUUGAUGCUAAAGUUGAAGCAAAGAAGAGGGAAAUGCGAUUGGCAGAGGCUGGAACAGUGACUGGCAUAAUGAGGAGAAUUGACAAUGCUAUGAAUGAUACUCAGACUGAUAGAUAUGUCAUCCCUACCAAACGGAAAAUAAUGGAAAGCAGUAUUCUUGCUUACACACAAGAUCGGCCGUGUACACCUUGCAACCAAGAGAUAAAUGAUCAAGAAAAGCCUCCUAAAGACGAUGGCAAAUUUGAUGAAGAUAAGUUCUUAAAAGAACUUAUUACUGUAGAGAAAGUCAUAAAUCCAAUUGUUGAAAAACUUCUGAAAUAUGGUGAAG